AUGGCAACUGCCCCAUGCGGUGUAAACAUCGAGUUGCACUGCGAGUUGGUGAUUGACAUAUCGAGAAGACUUUCCCAUAAGCUUCCCUGGUAUCUUAUCAAUGUUACUCACCGCAUCACACCGCGUCGACUUGCGGCAACACUAUCCAAGACUAGUAAGAGAAAGGCUCAAGAUCCUGACACUGGCCUUCCAACUGGACAAUCCAAGAAAACUCCACGGGGUGCUUUGGAUGAACUUGGUGGCCCUCAACAUUCUGAAUGUUCGAACGCAGGGACGGGCGGACGAAACUCACAGCUAGAAAAACUUGACGCAGUCCUUGAACGACCAUCGCGUAAACGGCCCUCAAAAGGCUCAACGACCUUUGGUGCUGAUGUUUCAAAGAACCCACAAGCUCCUGAUUCUCGCAAAGGUAAAGGCUGCAAGUCUAGAAAGGUCGCUGCUCCCCCACCAUAUGCUCCGGCAGAUCUGAAUCUUGUUGAUGCAUCUCAAGCAUCCAACACGCAACAGGAUGUGCCCCAAACGACAAUUGUACCACCGGGUACCGAGCCUAACUUGCAGGCCCUGAAUAACCCCUACAUGGCUGCCAUGAUUGGUACUGCAGCUGCACGCCCCCCCACUAACAGCUCAGUGCCAUCGCUUAUCCCACACGCACCCUUAGAGCUGAACUCGCAGGUCCUGCAUAACCCCUACAUGGCUGCCAUGAAUGGUACUGCAGCUGCACGCCCCCCUACUAACAGCUCAGUGCCAUCACUUAUCCUGAGUGCACCCUUAGAGCCAAGGUUUUCAAAUGCCAUCAAGUAUUAUCAGCCUGCCACUUCCCCCCAAAUGCCAGAGCAUGUUAUAGACCCGGCACUGCGGAUUCAACCAUCAUCACUUGGUGUAGGUGGGCACUUUCAGCCAAGUGUUCUGAAUGUCACCCAGUACAAUAUUCAGCCUAUGUUUCAAGGCACUGCGCUCCUGAGGCUCCCAGAGGGUCCUACAGGCCCAGCACUACAGCCUCAGAACCAACCCCCUCCAAUAAGCGAUGAAUCAGAUCUUGAUGAAAGUGAUGAGAAUGAUGAGAGUUCAACGGAUGAAGAUACUGAAGAAGGGGUCAAAGAUGCUGGUGAAGAUGAUAUUGUUGGAUGGGGAGCAGUUCGUGGACGCCACACAACUUAUCCAGGAUUUUUGCAGGAACAACCACCUCAGCCACUUUCACAUCCACGUCCUUUGACACCCGACUUUGACUUUCAGUACUCAUGUGAUGAAGAUGAAGAUGGUGCAGUGGCUAGUCUCGCCUCAGUGCAGUUGCAGCCACAUGUUCAGAACUUAUGUCAAGACAAUGCAGCUGCUAAUCUCAUGCUAACACAACCGAAGGUAGAUGAUGUACUCAAGAAACACCAGAAAAAGAAUGGACGGCGUCGUCUCCCUGACCCUGAGGCUCUUGAAAUACUAUGCCGGAAAACUGAAACUGAUGUUCAACAAGAAGCUCCGACAUCGCGAUCCAUAGCAAAGCCCACUCAACUCGGGUGGUACGGAACUGGCUGGAAAGGCUUCCUGGAGGACGCGAAGGCAGAAUGUCGCGCAGUCCAUGCAUUGGAAAACCCAUUUCCAUCUCUGACCCAUGACUUAACAUGUUCGAUAACGGAAGUCCUCUUAUUGGUCAAGCUUGCAUGGGAGCAAGCUGAGAAGCAGGUAGAAACUGGUGUGUGGCCUGCACAGAAAUCCAACAUGGCAAGGCUGCUCUAUGACGAUCUCGCAACUUGGCGGUCCGAAUUGAAGAAGGUUGUGAUUUCCCUUGCCCCGAGCAUAUUGGAUCUUGUUUCCCCUGCUGAGCACAAAGAUUCUCUGUUCCUACGAGGUGGAUUCGAUGCCAAUGGAAAGACUAACAACUUCGCAAGUCCUGCGCUUCGAGAAGCUGUUGUGUUAUUUUAUUAUACCGGACCUUACAGAAUUGCUCAGCGAAGGCCAGAAAUAUUUCGCACACAGCUGCCUUUGUCGUGCUUGGCUCUCGUCGCCACUGCGUAUGACUGUGGUCUCCUUGGCUUCAAAAAGAACGGUACCGGCAAGGUCUUUCCAAAAUUCACCACAAAGGAGUACAAAACCGAAUACAAGGAGAUGCUGGAGAUGAUGGGCGUCGUUUUGGAGGAUGCGUAUCAUGGCCCGAAACUGGUAAAGCAGCUCCAGGAGUGGGCGGCAUACGGCUGGUUGGAAAGCCUCAAGGUUGACUCUCGUGGCGGCUUGGAGAUGAAGCGCACUCACUUGAAGGUGGUACUUGAUUAG